AAAAAGAACAACAAGAAGCUAUUGAACACAUCGAUGAAGUUCAGAAUGAAAUCGACAGACUAAACGAACAGGCGAGUGAAGAGAUCCUAAAAGUCGAGCAGAAGUACAACAAACUACGUCAGCCCUUCUUUCAGAAGAGAUCAGAACUCAUCGCCAAAAUCCCAAACUUCUGGGUCACGACGUUCGUCAACCAUCCCCAGGUCUCGGCUCUCCUGGGCGAGGAAGAUGAAGAAGCUCUUCAUUACCUGUCCAAGGUGGAGGUCACAGAGUUCGAGGACAUCAAGUCUGGAUACAGAAUAGAUUUUUCAUUUGAUGAGAACCCGUACUUUGAGAACAAAGUUCUGUCCAAAGAGUUCAACGUGAACGAGAGCGGAGACCCCGUGUCCAAAUCCACCGAGAUCAAAUGGAAAUCUGGGAAGGACCUGACCAAACGGACCGGACAGACGCCCAACAAGGCGGGGAAGAAGCGGCAGCAUGAAGAACCUGAGAGCUUCUUCACCUGGUUCUCGGACCACUCGGACUCCGGCGCCGACGAGCUGGGGGAGGUGAUCAAAGACGACAUCUGGCCCAACCCCCUGCAGUACUACCUGGUUCCUGACAUGGAGGAUGAAGAGGCUGAGGAUGACGAGGAAGAGGAGGAGGAGGAAGGUCUGGAGGACAUUGAUGAAGGUGAAGAAGAGGAGGGUGACGAUGAAGACGGUGAAGGAGAAGACGGAGAGGUGAGAAAACCUGAGACAUGAUCAGAACUCACCAUUUAACUCCAGAACCAGAUGUUCUGGUCCAGUCUGGUCCUGCAGGUCAGACCCUUCACUUAGACCAGGGGGGUCUGACCACAUGUGUACAAGUACACAGAAAGUACCACUGAAGGUAAAGUAUGUUGUAGUCAGGAUGUAACGGUUCUGUCUGG